GUUCAACCUGAGUUUGAUAGCACGAUUAUACAUGAUUAAUGCUUUGAAGAUACAAGUUAGCAAAUCACUGGAUAUUUUUUAUGCUGCUUACUUACAGACUGUAUACUAAAUAGGAAGCAAUGCUGAAGUGCUCACAAACCACCUAAAAAGUAUGGAAAUAUCUGUCACAGAUGAUGGUAUUUACAAAAUUACGUUGUCUAUAAAAUCCAAUAUUUGUAAAGACCCAAAUGAGAAAACGUGUAAGCAUGUAACUGUAGGAUUGGUAACAGUUCAAUAUGUAUUAAUUAGGAUUGAAAUUGCGCAAGUCCUAAAGACAAAUCCAACACCAGGAACCAAUCAAAUGGAAAUUGCAAUCCCGCUUUCUUUAUGGCUAAAACAGGUAUGGUUACAAAAUAACAUAUCUACUAACAGGACAAUUCUACCUAAUCCAUGGAAAAUGAUAACACAAAACGAACGCAGCUAAAACCUAGUAAAGAACUCAGGUCAGUAAUGAUUAUAUACUGAAUCAAAUUUCGAGAUAUCAAGGGCAGUUGAAGACGUAUUAUUAAAACAUAUACAAUGAAUAACAUAUUCACAACAUAAUAAUAAAACCCACAAGAGACCGAUUCUCUUUAUCAAGUAAGAGACAUCUACGGAACCUCC